AUGGAGAAGGUCAUCGACUACCGCAUUACCUCGCGCGCGAUGGUCGAGGAUCACAACAAGAAAGCUGUUGCGGCUGGCGACAGCAAAAAGAUCCUUGACAUCUCCGAAGAUGAGUUCGUCCACAUCUACUGUGGAGACAUCAUCUUCGUUGUCUUCCGCGAGGUCAUCACCGCUGGAUCCUUGUACUUCGAUGCUUGUCUCCUCGGCUUCUUCAAGGAGUCCUACAACCAGGAGAUCUUCUUCGAUGACAUUGAUUCCGAGGCUCUCAAACUCUACCUUCAACUCACUCACGGCUGGUACUUUGAGAUAAAGUCUUUCGGUAGCAAGGUCGUUCCCUUCUCUCUAUUCGAUGAUCUCGUCAACGCCAAUGACCCUGAGGCCUUCAAGCGAGCUCACCUGGAGAUCCCCAAAAUCAAGCUCAAUACCAUGGCUCAGGUCUGCAUUCUCUGCGAUCGUUUCCUUCACCGCUCGCUUCUCUGCAUUGUCAGACACAUGUUUAUGACCUUGCUGGCCCGUACCAAGCAGAACUGGAACACCCUCAAGUACGAGGAUUCCGACUGGAACAUGAAGUACCACGUCGACUUCAUGCUCGACUACAUGGCUGCCUUCGACCUCUUCUCUACCGGUCACGAUGAUGAGCACCUCAUCAGAGAUGCUAUCUCGGAGAGCUUCUACUGGUUCACCAGACACACCCCAUCCCUCGUCCAGCAUUUCUGGAACAUAAUGAGCCCCAAGUUCAUUGCAGAGUGGAAUGUCUCUCGCCACAUUGUCUGGGAUCCGGAGUCGGAGAUCAUCAUCGGUCGCGAGUGGGUCAGAUUUGACCACGCCAAGAAGCUUUUCAUCACCGAUCAGCUCGUCUUCGAGAACUCAACCAAGCAACAGAAGGACAUCAGAAACGGCCGCGUCGACAACAUGUGCUCGAUUGCUGACCGCAUCAAGCUGUUCCCUUUCGUUGAGGAGCAUGAAGACAACCGCACCCGCCUCGCCCGUCUCCGCGCUAUCGUCGAGCAGGUUCAGCACAAGAACACCACUCAGUACCGCACCUUCAUCCCAGGCGCCAAGAUUCACCCGGUCACUGGUCAGAACGACCUCGGACAGCGUGCUACUUCUAAGAAGCAGGGCAAGAACAAGGCCAAUCAUGCUGGAAGUGGCUUGGGCGGAGGAGGCCGUGAUCGCGAUAACAUGUCUAAGUACGUCGUGGGCGAAGAUCUCGGCAUCUUCGGUUCUCAUCCCAGCCAUUUCAUGCUAGAAGCUCCAAACAUGAGUACUAACAUGAGGCUGAUCCAGGAGGAUCCGGGGGUUGAACGGUUCGAGGUCAUGGCCUGGGUAUUCGACGUGCCCAGCCAUUUGGGAUUCAUACACCAUCCCGCGAUCCCGCUGCUGAUCCAACCUUCGUCACUCGUUUCCUCACACCAGCCAUCCAUCUCACCCGUUCACCCGCCAGCAGCCAUGCACAUCCCCGUCGCUUUCCGCGCCCUGGCCUCCGCCGCCCUCUUCACGCCCUGGGAUAAGAGCCAAUGGAUCGCUUCUGACGACACGGUCCGCAACGGCGCGAGUCAUUCCACCCUCGACAUCAUCGAAGCCGGCGCGGCCGGCAACCCGUUCGCGCAGUCAAUUGCAAACUUCCACGGCAAACUCGACUACGCGACGCUCGGCGGCGCGGGCUUCGCGUCCCAGCGCACCGUCGACGACUGGCCGAGCCUCGACAUCUCGGCGUACGACACCAUCACCCUCGAGAUCCCGUUCACGGACGGCAAGAAGUACACGUUCAAUCUGAAGGAUACGGUGCCGCCGCCCGUGAAUGGCGUGGAGCAGUCUGGCGUCAGCUGGGAGUUUGACUUCCAGAUCCCGGCGGUGAAUCACACGGACGGCGCGGUCGAGAAGGUGGUGAUGCCGUUUAGCGCGUUUGUGCCUACUUUCCGCGGACGGGUUCAGAAUGAUGCUGCGCCGCUGAAUUUGACGAGCAUUAAGAGGGUCAACUUCAUGAUUCGAAGCUUCUUUGCUGAACAGGAUGGGGAUUUUGAGCUGCACAUCAAGUCUGCGAUUGCUUCCAAGGAGGGAAAAUUAGGCAGCCUCUUCUCUCACAUUCUUCGCAACAGCCCCAUUCUGCUUAGUAUCGCGACCUUGAAAAGCGUCAGCAUCACUUUCCAAACUGGACUAAAAAUUGAGGCAUUGGAGGCGGCCGCCCGACCGCCCGAUGCUCCAUUUUCCACAAUGUGA